GGCUUUGCCCAGUCCGGAUGUUCCCCAGUAGCGAAUAACGAGCAGUAGUGUGUGAAUGUGGCAACCGAGGUAGACAGGGAGGGGUAGAUAGACUGACCAGAUCAGGGUUUUUGUCCUUUUUCAAUCUUUUUCUUUUCUUACAGAGCCUAGCUAGUGUUAACAGUUUAUGUGACGCCACGGUUGUAAACUUGUUUGUAGACGUGAAAGCCCGGCCGCCGCUGCUUUUCUUUGGGACUACGUUAACCGUUAGCGUUGUGAAAACAGCCCAGAAGAAAGAAGGAAAGGGUGAAACAACAUGGGGCGAUAAUAAAAAAAGAAGGUGUUGUGUUAUGAACCGACGAUGACUCUCUGGGAGGAUCCGUGAAGCUUAUUUAUUUAUAAUUUAUUUCCCCUCUCCCUUUACCUUGUGUCCUUUUUUGUUUUAUUUUUGAAUUUUCUGCUCCCUUGCUGCUUUGGGAGGUUGUUUUUUUAAAAGGAAAAGGCAACGGGAUACGUUACAAGAGGACUGAAGGAUGGACCAAGCCGGCAUCCUGAGAAAGUUUAUCCAGGGGGUGAAGGCCAUGAGCGAGGGGGACGAGGAGAGGGGAGAGGACAACUUCGGCAGCGACUUUAUGCGGUUACGGCGGUUAUCGACUAAAUACCGGACAGAGAAGAUCUACCCCACCAACGUGGGAGAGAGGGAAGAGAAUAUCAAGAAGAACAGAUACAAAGAUAUACUGCCAUUCGAUCACACUAGGGUGAAGCUGACAUUAAAAACGACCAAUCAGGACACAGAUUACGUCAAUGCAAACUUUAUCAAGGGUAUAGAUGGCCCAGAGGCCUAUAUUGCAACUCAGGGCCCACUGCAGAACACUGUCAUCGACUUCUGGAGGAUGAACUGGGAGUACAAUGUAGCUGUUAUUGUGAUGGCUUGUCGAGAGUUUGAGAUGGGAAGGAAAAAGUGUGAGCGGUAUUUCCCGCUGCUCGGGGAGGAGCCCAUGAGUUUUGGCCCUUUCAGAAUCUCCUGUGAAGCAGAGCAGGCCAGAACAGACUACUUUAUCAGGACUUUGACGGUGGAGAAUGAGGACGAAACUCGGAGGCUAACACAGUUCCAUUAUAUGAACUGGCCCGAUCACGACGUCCCCUCAUCGUUUGACUCCAUACUGGAUAUGAUCGGACUGAUGAGAGAAUAUCAAGAGAAUGAUGAUGUCCCUAUAUGUGUGCACUGCAGUGCCGGCUGUGGGAGGACGGGUGCCAUCUGUGCAAUCGACUACACGUGGAACCUCCUCAAAGCUGGGAAAAUACCAGAAGAUUUUAAUGUUUUUCGGUUGAUCCAAGAGAUGAGGACGCAACGGCACUCUGCUGUUCAGACCAAGGAGCAGUAUGAGUUAGUUCAUAGAGCGAUCGCCCAGCUCUUUGACAAACAACUGCAGCUACUGGAGAGCUCCACCAACACGCAGAUACAUGAUGGCAUGGAUGAAAGCAGUCCAGUUAAAGCAGUCCAUCAGUCUGACGAUGAGAGAUGGGACACACCACCUCCAAAACCUCCCCGCAUACGCAGUUCCCAGGCUGAAGGUGAUGUGAAGGAGGAGAUACUCCAGCCCCCAGAGCCUCACCCCGUACCCCCCAUUCUGACCCCGUCUCCCCCUUCAGCCUUCCCCACCGUCACCAACGUACGGCAGGACAACGACCGCUACCACCCCAAACCUGUCAUACACGUCCUGGCUACCACACAGAAUAAAGAAGCAGACCAGCAGCAGAACAAGUCCGAACCCAGUCCGAACAAGCAGACCAGUCCCUCAGAGCAGAAAGACCAAGAUCUACAAAGUCGAAAACAGCAGACUCAGGUCUCAAAUCUAGAUCUCAAUGAGAACUAUAACAACAAAUCAACAUCGUCAAAAUCCGAAUCGGGCCAAAGCCAGACUCAGACUCCCUCCUCGCCCCUCUCGCCAGCUGUUGAAUGUUCUGGCGCCCCUCGGAUCGAGAGGAAGCUGAGCAUUGAGAUAAAAAAGGUGCCGUUACAGGAAGGACCUCGUAGUUUUGACACUUCCUCCUCCAUGGGAGUAGCAGGUGGACUAGGCAGCAGUUCAGCCAAUAGCGCAGGAGUGCUGCAAAGAACCCACGCGUUCAAAGCCCGUUCUGGCCAGUCCCUGCUGACGUCUAGCUCCUCGCUGUCAGAGGACUCGGGCACAGAGGGAGGGGCGGGCGGAUGUGGGGAGAGUAAUGCAGACGGAGGCGUCCUAGCCAGACCAAACCACCUCCCCGUGAAGAACCAGAAGGGGGAGACACAUGGAGGGGAGAAAAUGGAGGUGAAGACCGGCCAUGCAUUGUGGGCUCAGGCCCGCAACAGCCCUGACAAACAGAUCCCCAAAACCUCCUCUUCGUCUUCCUCCUCAGACCGCGUGGCUCCAUCCUCAUCCUCCUCCUCCCACCUCUCCUCCUCCUCUUCCUCCUCCUCCUCUACUCCCGUUAGGACUGCCCUGAGCUUCACCAACCCCCUGCACUCCGAUAACUCGGACGAGGAGGAGGGUGUAGAGAUGUCCGGGGGAAAGGAGGGUUAUCGUACUAAUGUAUCCACGGUGACGGCCAUGGUUACUGCAUCCCCUCACCACGGAGACCAGCAGCCGGUCCGGAAGGUGUUGCCCAUGUCGAUCGCAGGGCAGAGCACUCCGUCGCCUUGUGCAACCACAGCAAACUGCUGGGACAGCGAUGACUCCCCUCCCCCCCUCCCUGCGAGAACCCCUGAGUCCUUCCUACUGGCCACAGACCCCGUGGAAGUAAAAACGUCGGCCUUGGCUGAAUGGAGUGGAAAUAAAGAUGUGUCAGAGUGUGUUAAGAAGACAUCACCAGCUGACCCUGCAUCUGCUGGCACCAUGGCAACAGACAGCAAGGCAGACCUGGGUGGGGUUCGGUAACCGCUGCAUUCAGCCCAAAGGCCCUCGGGAACCCCCCCUGGAGUGGACAUGAUGGGAUCAUCCAUCUGCCCGUCCACCAACAGUGUCCUCCCGUUGUCAGGAGAUGGACUCUACCAAUCUCCCCUGGCUGGUCCAAAAACCUAGUUGAUAGAUGCUCCACAGACAGAGAGCACAGUGUUACAUAGAACCACCUUCUGUGUAACGCUGUGCAACACCUCCUCCUCAGUCCUUCCGUCAAAGUGCCACUGUGCAAAGCAGAAGAACACUUACUGGUCAGCUGUCCACGUUUCCCUUUUCAGCUUGCUCACUUCUCUAGACUCUGACCUGGGAUCAGUCUGGUUAUUUUACCUGUUAAUGGUUAAAGAAUAAUUCCUGUUUUUGGUGACUUGAGAGUAGAUUAAAAAAAGGGAUGUAGAUGUAACCCUUACGUGUUAAAAAUACAUUUACUUUCAUGCCAAAUGAG